CCAAGGAGGAGAAGUGAUCUUUGGUGGAGUUGAUAACAGUCUGUAUUCUGGACAAAUUAUGUGGGCUCCGGUGACCCAGGAAGUUUACUGGCAAAUUGGAAUUGAUGCGUAAGUCACAUCUCUCUGUUCCUGACAUGGGAGUAAUGAGUAUAUUGCUAUACCACACUGAAAACUAAAUAGUACAUUUGUUUUGUGAAUAUCCAGCAUUUUCAAACACGUUAUAUGUUUUUAUAUAAACAUUUUUCUAAAUCCAUAUUUCAUUAUAAAGCUUACAGGUGUCCAAAACAGUCCUUGAAGAUCAUAUCAUAAUUAAGGAUUUCUCUAAUUACACUUACUUGAAUCGUUUUUACUUUCAAGGUUAUUUGAUAUAUUUAAUUUUUGCAAAUAAAAUCCAAAUGGGAAACCUGAAAUCAAAAUAGCUGAUAUUAAAAAAUUCUCCAAUUUAGCCAGUCUAUUUAUGCUUUAGUUUUGCAAUUUUGAUUUAAUUAGUAAAAAUUCAUAGUUUAGUGAAUAACCCUGUUAUCUUUCACUAGACUUGCACUAUCAUCCUGUGCAAUGGCCAUUUAGACAUUAUUUGUGGAUGUUACACAUAAGUGGAAACAGCCUUAGAAGGAAAUUCGGUCAGGGAAUUAAGCCAAAGAAGAGCAACCCUUGCUGAAUCCAAAUGCCAAGGAAGCCAGCUCCCAGUUUUCCUCAAAAUGUAUAUCCCCAGAUGUUAUAAUACUACAACGCCCAUGAUAUUUUGGUAGCAUUUAAAUGGCAAACCAUUGUGGAUGAAAACUGUGGUUCUAAAACACCUGGGGGAAAUACCUUUUGAGCAUCCCUGCUUUAGGAGAUUACAUAACAAAGAAACAGAAAGCUAUGCAUCACUGACAUUUCAUCACAUCUUAGUAAAACCAAUUCACCCAGCAAUGUUUGCUGGGAUGGGAAUUUAAGCAGUAAUAAUGGCUUAUAUUCAUAUCAAAACUUAAAAAAGGAAAUAAAACAAAAAUGGACAUCAGACAGUUAUUAAAAUGGGAAACUAUAUAGUGCUGAUUUUUCAAAAAAUCCAGCUCGGUCUGCAAACUUUACUUUUGCCUGACAGGGAAUAAACUUGUAUACUAAACCUUAUUGUCAAGAAUAAAGACCUGGCCUGUUAUUAUAUUGCAUUUAAAGAGACACUCCACUGCCCAAAUACAAAAUAAGUAAAAUUCAGUUUAGUAAUAAAAACAGCUUGUAAAAUCUACAGUUCUCUUGUCUGCUGCCUUUGCAAGCUUACAACAUUCUAACACUGCCCAGACUUUCUGUGGCUGUCCAAUCAGAGACCGAGAAGUUUUUGCAAGUCAGGUGCUCUGGGCAAUUGCUGCCUCGAGGUCAGCUGCAUUGAGCUAACCAAAACAGGAAUUAGCAUUACCUGUUGUCUGCUUGGAAUCCAAGGGGUGUAACCAGGUUAAUUUAUAAAAGUGUAAAUUUCUAUUGAAAUCUGAACUUUUAGCGCAGACUCAUAUAAAGCUUUUCAGCAAGCUAAAUUUGUUUAGGGGUCUGGAGUGACCCUUUAAUUAAUUCUGUUGUCAGGCUAAUUUUAUAUGAACGAGGAAGUUACUAAUUCCCUCCUUUCAAGAAAAUCUUCACGCUAGAUAACACCAAUUGGCUUUGAAAUUUGUUUUUCCCAAAUAUAUCUUUUUUGUAGGUUUUCCGUAAAUGGACAGGCAACUGGAUGGUGUAGUCAGGGCUGCCAAGCCAUUGUAGACACUGGAACCUCUCCUCUUACUGUCCCUCAACAGUAUAUGGGAACUUUUCUAAAUUACCUAGGAGCACAGCAGGGGCAGAAUGGAGAAGUAAGUGGACAUUAUAGACAACUCCUAAUUUAUGAACUACUUUAAACACCCUCUCCGAUAUUGGUUAACUUAGUAAAAUCACAUUAAAAUUUUUUUGUACUACUUUAAACACCCUCUCCGAUAUUGUCUGUUUAAAGUAUCAACUCUAUAAGGGAGUGCACACUAUUGAAUGAGAUUGAGAAAAAGAUCAAUAAUGUAUAUAGAUUUUAUCAUCCAUUUCAAUUAUUUCAUUAAUGGGAUAUAAACAAAUUUCUUGGAACAGGGAUAAAAAUUGCUUAGUAUCAGCCAAAAAAAAACAAGGUAUUUGUUUUAACCAGGUAAUAGAGUGCUGCACACUAGUAUCUUGAUGCACUGGAGCUCUGUGGGGGAGGUCAGCUAGCCGCCAAUAUAAAUCCAGAAGUAUAGAGCCACAGGCUACACAGUGCAAGGUGAAGAGUAAGGUACAUUUAAUUAUGGUCCAAAAGACAAAACAAAGAUACGACGCUUCAACCGUGAGGCCUUAAUCAUGUAUGAUUACAGGUUUUAGGUCAUGUUGUGACAUUACAAAGAGAACCUAAAGCCUUAAAAGUGCAGGCUGUCUCUCUCUGCACGAGAGAUACAGCAACCCCAGACAAUCAUUUUGACCUUGUUAGGCCUUGUCUGUGAUACUUCUCAAGGCAGAGUGAGCAAGGGGUCCACAUUUGUAUUACCCUUUUACCUUAGGGAGAGCAAAAAUAAAAAAUAAAAUCUUUAGUUUAGUAUCAGAAUUAGGAAUUGUUGAGAAGAAAUUUGUCAAAAGUGUUCCCAAGGGCGAUCAGGUCAUUGGCAUGAAAUUUGCCAAAUGAUGGACAUCAAAGCGGCUAGGUGGAGGAAUCAGAACACAUUUGGCAAAGGUAGUACUAGUUGUAACUAAUAAAUAAUGGGCUGUGGAUAAAUUGUGGAAGCCAAAUCAGUGUGAACAUUCCAUUGGCUUCCAUCAUGAAUAUUCAUCUUCUAGCACUCAAUAAAAGACUUUAGAAAGAGUCCUUUCCAGUGAACAAACUCUUCACUAUAGUAAUAUCGUUGAAUAACAAAAUGCACAGUUUGGAAUUUAAUUAUAUAUUUUCUUCUUAGUUUCUGGUGAACUGUAACAAUGUACAGAACCUGCCUUCAAUCAGUUUCACCAUCAACGGGGUGCAGUUCCCUAUUCCACCUUCUGGAUACAUCCUUCAGGUACUCAUCAUAAUUUGUAGCGCAUGUUUUUAAAAAAGUCAAGGUGCGGAGUGGUUUCACAUUGUGACACUUAUAGGGCAAUAUGCAAAAUUUAUAGUGACAAUCACACACAAAGAACAAUAUAUUGCAAUUGGUUAUGUUGAAAUUGUAGCAGGUUUUAUGAGUAGGUUUUAACAGUAAGGGAGGUUUUGUACAUGGUACUUUGAGUAGUUGUUAGAUACUAUGUGCAUGUAGUGCUACUAAAGAGAUACAUGAGUGUAUUGUAUGUAAAAAUAGAUAUUAUCAUCAUUUAUAUAGUGCCAAGAUAUUCCUUAGCGCUCUACAAUAUUAUAAUUUGACAAUAUAUGAGUCACUUACAAAAUGUUACAGGAACCAAAGGUUGAUGAGGACCCAUCUCAAAAGAGCUUACAGUCUGGAAGAUUUGAUUUAAGUAGAGUGAAUAGGUGAUCUGUAUUAUGUACAGUUCAGAAUAGUUUUUUUUAGUUGUUAAUAUGGUGGCUAGGGUAUGGUCAGAGAGGUAAAUAUUAAUGUUUGUGAGACUAGGUGUUAGGCUUGGUGCUUCUCAUGUCUGAGAAGCAUGCGAGUUAAGGUCUACAGCCUUUUGAAAACAGGCACUCCCUAACUUCCACGAAGUGUAAGUGCCCCAAACCCUUAACAAACGUAAACCUACCACACUCAGUGUUCGCUAUUGUACUUCGCUUGAUUACACCACCACGUACAGCAGUUAUCAUAAACAAUGUAAUGUUACUGGUACUUUGUAAAGCAGAAAUUAUUAUUGACAUUUAGGUAGCAUCAAUUAAUUCCACAUUGCUUUACAAUAUGAUUAAAGGUGAAUUUAACAACAGAUGAGGCAAACUAUUGCAAAUUUAAAAAGGAACAAAAGGUUGGUGAGGACAAUGCUUACAAUAAGGUAGCAAUAGUGAUGGCAGGGCAGCCAUUAGAAAUUGUGGGGCCCCUAACACAGCUCAAGGUCUGGGCCCCCGGGUGCCGCCUCCAAAUCCCGCCCACAGAAAUACACACACACAGACACAAAAGGACAGACACACAAACAGAAAGAUACACACAUACUAACAGACACAAAUACUGAAACAGACAUAGACACAUAUACAGACACAUGCAUAAGGAGAUACAGAUACACACACAUACUGACAUACAGACACACACUCUGACAUACAUACAUACUCACAUACUGACAAACUGACAUACAGGCAUACAUACAUACACAUAAAUACAUACUGACAUACAUACAUACAUAAUGGCAUACAUACACAUACAUACUGAUAUAAAUACAUACAGACAUACACACACAUACAGAUAGAAAUAUACAUACACAGAUACAUACAGACAUACUGAGAUACACACACAAACAUACAUACUGACAUACACACACAGACAUACAUACAUACAGACACACACACAUACAUACACACACACACACAUACAUACAGACACAUACACACACACAUACAUGCAUACUGACAUACAUACACACAUACAUACUGUCACACACACAGACAUAUAUACAUUCUGACAUACACACACAUACAGAUAGACACAGACAUACAUACACACAGACAUACAGACAGGCAUACUGACAUACAUACACACAUACAUACUGAUAGAUACAUACAGACAUACACACAGACAUACAUACACACAGACAUACAUACAUAUACACAGACAUACAUGCAUUCUGACAUACAUACACACAUACAUACUGAUAGAUAUAUACAGACAUACAUACAUACAGACAUACAUACACACAAACACAAAGACAUACAUACACACACACACCUCAUUUAUCAGCCACCCUCCUCUUCCUUACCUUUAAGGUUGCAGGAGGGUGGCUGGGGAUGAUGGGCUCAUCGGAUGGCCCUAAAUGCUUGGGCCAACUGAUUGGCCCACGUGCAGAUGCACCUGCGCCAGUUUCGGCGCUCCACGUGGGGCCUGGGCGGCCGGGCCCCCAGGGACGCCGGGCCCGUGACAACAGUCAUGGUUGUCACCCAAUGAUGGCGGCCCUGAGUGACGGCAUCUUUUAAGGUUGACAUUUUUAAAUAUGAAUCAAAUGUGAAACAUACAUUCUUUCGAGUAACUUUCCUUCAUGUUUGUACUUCAAUGUUACAAAACCCUUCUUUUUUUACUUUCAGAAUAAUGGCUACUGCACAGUCGGUGUUGAGGUUACAUAUCUCCCAUCCCAAAACGGACAGCCCCUCUGGAUUCUGGGAGAUGUUUUCCUAAGGCAGUAUUACUCUGUCUAUGACAUGAGCAAUAAUAGAGUUGGCUUUGCUCAGUCAGCUUGA